CAAGUGCAAGCUAGAACAAUAAUCCCGUGAAAAUUUACAAAUUUAAUGCAUUUGCAACCUGUGUAAUAUAACUAUAUAAUGUUAAUUAUAUCACCGGGACAAUAAUCCGUGUUUUUGUGUAAUUUUUAUUAAGAAUACGCCUCAGUACAUAGACAAAGCAGCGGCACAACCAACAAAUAAAGCAAGGAGCAGCUGCAGAGAGCGCUACAGGGUGAUUGUAUGUGGGUUUGUGUGUCCGAAAGAAAUAGCCAAACAAAACGAAACAACCAACAAAACGGACUAGCAAAUAAACUCGGCGAAAUAACAUAAACGAAAAUAAACGAAGCGCUGGCAUUCAAAACACACUAUGUAAAACAGCGACAUCAACGGAGCCAAUUAGAUUCAGUGCAAGUUCGCUGCCAACAUUAAACAACAAUCAGGCAGCAAACAGCUGCAGUUGUCCAUUAGAUGGCAGAAUUGCCGAUACGCAGCAAAUCAAAAAACAAAAAACUGCUUCUAAACAAAGCUCCGUGCCACCAGUUUUGCGACCGCUACAUAACAUCAACGACUUGCGGCAGUAUCGACAUCAGCGAGGAAAUUAUUUAUGAAAUUUACAAAAUUGCUCAUUCAAUAUAACAGCAAUAAUAAUAACCACAUAGUACGUUUAAUUGCAUUUCUUGCUGAAAGCUAGCGAGCAAUAUUUAAACAAGAAACAAUCAGUACGCAUUUUUAUUGUACCGUGCACCAUUUUCUGCCGUUGUCAUUUCCGGAAAUGUGCGGAAUAAAUGUUUUUACGCAAAAUGUGCAAAAUACUUCGCAUUAAAAAAAACAAUAUUAAUCUAACAAAAGCAUCAACAAUAACUUAAAACUGCUCUGGUGGCAAAUCGUUGCAGCAAAAAUUUGUAUCCUUUCACCCGGAGUGAAGGGUGUGUGUGAGUUUGUGGUUGCUACACCACCAACUUAACACACACGUACGCACACUUGAUAGAGAUCUUGUGGUGUGUGUGUGUGAGCGCUAAUAACUUUCUAUCGUAUAAAAGAAGUACGGAUAGGUAUAGUAAAUGUAAAUUAACAAUAUAAAUUUAAAAAAUAAAUAAUUUACAUUUAAUAUCAAAACAACGCACCAAAAUUCAAUCUGUCUCCUGGCAAUUUCACGUACAUAACGCAAUGCAAGUUUUACAAAAGACUUUUAACGUGUGUUCAUAUUUUAAAAAAAAUAGUAAAACGAAGAAUACUAAAAAACUGAACACUAGAAUCAGUAAACAAGAAAUUCAACGUAUACAUACAAUUACCGCAAGAAUAGGUAAACAAAGUUAUUAGGAACCAUUAAUACAUAUUAAAUUGAUAUAUACGUGUGUAUAUAAAUAAUACAAACAUAUGUAUAUAUUACAUAUACAUACAUCGGUAUAAAAAACGAACAAGUUUUGUUAAGCCCAGUUAAAAUAAAACAAAACAUAAAGCAACGAUAAGCAAAACCGUGCAAUAGCAGUAACAACAAUAAUAAAGGAAACGGAGCAAUAAUCCUACUCAUAAACAAUAAUAUUAAUUAAUAACUAUUUGAAAUCAACCAACGUCAAACUGCAUUGUUUUUUUUUACAACGUACCCAGAUUUUAUGAUCAAAUAACGCAAUAUCUAUAAAUUUAACAAUAUAAAGAAUUACAUAUUACCAAAAGCCAGCCACAUGUAUAGAUUAGAGGAUACAAACAGUGGCGGCGUUAUGGAUAAGAACAAACAGAAAUUAUCCGCUGCGUAUGGGUCCAGUGCAGGCGCCGUUGCCGUUGAUUCAUCGCAGGCUAGUGGAGGUGGCCGACAACGCCAUGCUCCACUUUAUGGACGCUUUGUGGUGGAGGAGGAUCUGCCUGCUACGCAUCGUGAUGUCAUGCACCAUCACUCUAGUCCCUCGUCUUCAUCGGAGGUACGUGCCAUGCAGGCGCGUAUUCCCACACACUUUCGGGAUCCCGGCACCGCACCCUUGCGAAAGCUCAGUGUCGACCUGAUAAAGACCUACAAGCACAUUAAUGAAGUUUACUAUGCAAAAAAGAAACGUCGAGCCCAACAGACACAGGGCGAUGAAGAUUCGUCAAAUAAGAAGGAACGCAAACUGUAUAACGAUGGCUAUGAUGAUGAUAAUCACGAUUAUAUUAUAAAGAAUGGCGAAAAGUUUUUGGAUCGCUAUGAAAUUGAUUCGUUAAUCGGAAAAGGCAGCUUCGGCCAAGUGGUCAAGGCCUACGACCAUGAAGAGCAAUGCCAUGUAGCGAUCAAAAUAAUUAAAAAUAAGAAACCGUUCCUAAAUCAGGCACAAAUUGAAGUGAAACUCCUGGAGAUGAUGAACCGUGCAGAUGCUGAGAACAAGUACUAUAUCGUCAAGCUCAAGCGUCAUUUUAUGUGGCGUAACCAUCUAUGUCUCGUGUUUGAGUUGCUAUCGUACAACCUAUACGAUUUGUUGCGCAACACAAACUUCCGUGGCGUGUCGCUGAACCUCACUCGCAAGUUCGCACAGCAGCUGUGUACAGCGCUGCUCUUUUUAAGCACACCCGAACUGAAUAUUAUACACUGUGAUUUGAAACCCGAGAACAUCUUGCUCUGUAAUCCGAAACGUUCAGCUAUUAAGAUCGUAGACUUUGGUAGUUCGUGUCAACUGGGUCAGCGAAUCUACCAGUACAUACAGUCACGUUUCUACAGAUCUCCAGAGGUGCUGUUGGGCAUACAGUACGAUCUGGCCAUUGAUAUGUGGUCACUUGGCUGCAUCCUUGUCGAAAUGCACACAGGUGAGCCGCUUUUUUCUGGAUGCAACGAAGUCGAUCAGAUGAAUAAAAUCGUCGAGGUGCUGGGAAUGCCACCCAAGUAUUUAUUGGACCAGGCGCACAAGACGCGCAAGUUCUUCGAUAAGAUCGUCACGGACGGCACCUACGUCCUGAAGAAGAACCAAAAUGGGCGGAAGUACAAGCCGCCGGGCUCUCGAAAGCUGCACGAUAUUCUUGGCGUAGAAACGGGCGGUCCAGGCGGUCGCCGGCUGGAUGAGCCAGGUCACUCAGUGUCCGACUAUUUAAAGUUUAAGGAUCUUAUAUUGCGCAUGCUAGACUUCGAUCCCAAAACGCGUGUCACACCAUACUAUGCCUUGCAACAUAACUUUUUUAAGCGUACCACGGAAGAAUCCACCAACACAGGCGGUACAAGCGCCACGGCAAACGCGGGUGCUGGUGGCAGCGGUACAGGCGGAGCCGGUGGAGGUCCCAGCUCAGGCUCGGGUAGCAGCACAGGUGGUGCAGCUGGUUUAUUGGCCAGCACGGCGGCUUCCUCCACGCCCAGCAGUGGCAGCGGUGCUAUGGGCAGUGGUGUAGGCGUUGGAGCCUCAAUGGCACAACAGUCACUACCGCUUGUGGUGAGCAGCGGUGCGGCAGUCGUCGAUUCACAUGAUGAACGCCGAUGACCGCGCGAACAUUUAUCGGCUUCAACUUCCGCCUCUACUGCAACGACUAAUUAGGCACACUCAGGACUACAUCAACAAAAACAUAAACAGCAGCAGCAGCAAUCUUCAGUUAAACAAAUGGCCACAGUAACAGUCAUAACAGCAGCAACCGCACAAAAAAUUACAACGCGCUCUUUUGAGACCCGGGAGACUGCUUUUUGUAACAUACUUUUGAGAGCACCAAGUGUUUUGAAAUACAGCCAACUUCGUCGUAUAUAUACAUUUAUGAGAGUACAGUUUGUGUUUAAUAUGGCUUUUUGACAAUUUAGGCUGUGGCAACAAUUGCUAAGCAACAGUCUGUCAUAUGUAAAUUGCCAGAGGCUUGCCGCAUCUUUCUCCUAACGUGUGGUUUUUCUUUUACAUAGAAUAUAAAUAAACUGUACUCGCGCAUUUUGUUGUCCACACUCUUAACUGAUACAUCAUGCAUUGCAUCUUCAAAAUAUUUUUUCUCUAAUUUGUAAAUAAAUACUACCUUUAAGCACCUACAAUAUAAGCUUAUAGGGCAAUAGCAUAGUACGAUUUAAAAAAAAUGUUAAAAAGGAGGGAAACAUGCAACAAAAAAACGAAAAAAGCCCUAACGACUUUCUUAAUGACUGCCAUUCAUACAUGUAUGUAUUUAUUAUAUAUAAGAUACAUUAAAACCUACAAUUGCAAGGUACACAAAAAUCAAUAAUAUAUAUGUAUGUACAUAUAUACAUAUAAUGUUUGUCAUGAAAGUGUUUUUACAUGUCUGGUCUCUCAAAUUUAUGUAAAGGACGCAUAUAUUUUAUUUGCUCAAUCUUUUUAUUCAUAACUACAUAGAGAAGUGUUGUAGACAUUUGAUUCAGAGAGGGCGGGGGCUAAAUAUUUCACGACGUAUUUGGUAAUAAAAUAAACAAUGAAAUGAACACUUUCUUCACAGGCUAAUUUAAGACUACCUUAUGUUGUUUUUUUUUUUUGUUCCCCUCUUCAUAGUAAAAAUACCAAAAUUCAAACAUAACAUUAAAGGAAAACAUAAAUUAAACGAGGCGUGCUUUACAUAUAUAUUAUUAGGGGACAACGCUAGAAAAUGGAUUUAUUUUCACUCUUGUGGAAUCACUGUAUAUACAUACAUUCAUACAUAUUCAAAUAAAAACGCAGCAUUGCCAAUUGCAAUAUAAUUUAAUAUACAAAAAUGAUCAUACAUACAAACAGAAAAUGAAAAAACAUCAAUCGUAAGAUAGGAUGUAUUCGUGUUCAUGCAAACAUAACAAAAACACGUAAGAAAAAAACGGGCGAUUGAGAUCGAUCGAACAUAAGCAUCAAUUUCAGUAUUUUUCCAGCAUAUUGUGCUUCUACAACUUGUG